ACAGCCAGCUGGAAAUCGAAAAAAAAAAUUAAAAAAUCGAAUUUAAAUCGCGAAAAACAAAAAGCCAUAUACACGCGUCAAAAAUCGCUGUAAGAAUUUGAAUUUCAAAUGACCUAAGGAUCUUGCUCCACUUUUUUGUGUGUGCUUUGUGUGUUCUAUAUAAGAGUGAUAGCCGCGGGUUCGCGUGUCAGAACAGAUCAAGAUGUUGAGGUGGCCAGUGGUUUGCCUGCUGCUCCCGCUUUUGGCCACGGCCAAGAUCUUCGAUCGCUGUGAGUUGGCCAAUUUGCUGCAGCAUCGUUUUGGGCUUCCUGCCGCCCAAGUGGCCACCUUGGUGUGCAUUGCCCAGCAUUCGAGUGAUUUCAAUACGGCUGCCUUUGGCGGUGGCGUUGGAUUGGGCGGUGGUUCCCAUGGUCUCUUCCAGAUCAGCGAUGUCUACUGGUGCUCGCCACCGGGCCAAGGAAAGGGUUGUGGUCUAAGUUGUUCAAGAUUGCGGGACGAUGACAUCGCCGACGAUGUCCUGUGUGUGAGGAAAAUCUAUGCGGAGCAUCAGAGGAUCAGCGGCGAUGGAUUCACCGCUUGGCAGGCUUAUGAUGCUUACUGUCGGCAGGAUGCAAAUUCGUAUGUGGCAGGAUGUGGAGGUCCUGGCAGCAGCGCUCUUUCUGUAGCUGCGUCCUACCAUAAACCGCAACAGGUUCAGGUUCACAGCUAUCCAGUGCAGCAGUACCAUCAGGUGGCUCAAAUCCAGCCACAGGGAAAAAUCUACAAUCGCUGCGAAUUGGCCCAGGAACUGUAUUACCAACACAAGCUACCCAUGCCGCAGAUUCCCACCUGGGUGUGCAUAGCCCAGCAUGAAUCCUCCUUCAACACAGCUGCCGUGGGUCGACUGAAUGCGGAUGGCAGUGCGGACCAUGGUCUGUUCCAGAUCAGCGAUCUUUUCUGGUGCACCCAUGACCAGAGGGCUGGAAAAGGAUGUCACGCCACCUGCAAUCAGUUCCUGGACUCCAGCAUAUCCGAUGAUGUGCAGUGCAUUAGGCGGAUACACCAGGAGCACACUCAGAUCUCGGGAGAUGGCUUCAAUGCCUGGACUGUGUACAAACGGAACUGCCUGAACCAGCACUACGAACAGGUUGCAGCCUGUUUUGCCAAGCCACCAGCUCAUCAGCCGCAGCAUCAUCCGAAUGCCAUUGCAGGAGGUCCUGUGAAAUCCAAGGUCAGCUAUGCCUAUCAAUAUGGCCAGGUUCAAGUGCAUCAGACGCCAGUUGCUCCUGUCGUGAAUCAAUACUAUCGCCCGCCGCAGCCGUCGCCCGUUUUGAGUUACCAAACCAAUGUGGCUGCCUAUUCGGGCAAUCCCUUCCUGCGACCACGCCCAGUUAAUCCUCCCAGACAACAUCCCAAUGCCAUUGGAGUUCCCCUUAAAAACCAAACCCCUGCCAACCCAUUCUAUAUUCACAAACAGCAAACACAGUAUCAACCGCAAUAUCAGACACACUUUCAAACACACUAUCAACGCACGGGUAAAGUUUACAAUCGCUGCGAGUUAGCCCAAGAGUUGUAUUUCUCACACAAGUUUCCCAUGCAGGAUUUGGCCACCUGGGUGUGCAUCGCCGAGCAUGAAUCCUCAUUCAAUACGGCUGCUGUGGGUCGUCUGAAUGCGGACGGCAGUGCGGAUCACGGGCUCUUCCAGAUCAGCGAUCUCUAUUGGUGCACACACAAUGAUAGUGGCGGCAAGGGAUGUCACAUCGACUGCAACCGCCUGCUGGACUCGGACAUCUCGGAUGAUGUCAAGUGCGUGAGGACCAUUCACGAGGAGCACACCAGAAUCUCAGGAGAUGGAUUCACCGCCUGGACUGUCUACAAUGGGCACUGCAGGCAGAAAACUAGAGCCGAUAUUGCCAGCUGUUUUGAUGGUAAAGAUCUGCCUGCGGAAGUCGCGAAACCAUCGAAGGGCAACGAGCUGGUUAAGAAGACAUCUCCAACUCCGAAGGCAAAAAUAUACAAUCGCUGCGAGCUGGCUAAGGAACUUUACCAUAGACACAAGUUUCCCAUGAGGGAGAUUCCCACAUGGGUGUGCAUAGCCGAACAUGAAUCCUCUUUCAAUACAGCAGCUGUGGGCAAACUGAAUACAGAUGGCAGCGAGGAUCACGGCCUCUUUCAAAUCAGCGAUAUUUACUGGUGUACCCAUGACCAGACAAGUGGUAAGGCCUGUCACAUUGAAUGCGAUCGUUUGCUGGACUCGGAUAUAUCCGAUGAUGUACAGUGCAUACGCACCAUUCACGAAGAACACACACGACUCUCGGGAGAUGGAUUCAAUGCCUGGACUGUCUACAAUGGACAUUGCAGGAAUCAAAACUUGGCCCAACUGAGUGACUGCUUCCAUGGAAAUGAGAUUUCAGAGGCGGAUAAGACCAGUCAUUAUGGUGAGAGGCCCCAGGUUAAGCCUCAUCAGUCAGGGCCAGAGAAACCACAACACAAGACAGCAACUAGUCAGGAAUAUGCUGGUAAUCCCUUUUUGCAUAACCUACAAGCAGCCAAGACACCUCAGCCCACCUUAAAUACCAAUAAACUUACGAAUAAUGUAUCAGCUCCCAAGGAGCAAAAAACAAAUAAACUCUAUGCCACCAAUCCAUUUUUCAAUGGUCAAGUUCAGAGCAAGCCCUCUCCCACACAAGGAGCACCUGUUUAUUCUACCGAAAAACCCAACUAUGAUCACAAUCCCUUCCUGAAAGCCCCUGGUUCAGUAACGCCAUCUGUUAAACCUUCACAUGCUUCACAAGAAGUCAAACCCCAUGACAGUGCAUCCUAUGCCCAAAACCCAUUCCUCAGUUUACUUGGCAAACCAAUUGUACCUGCUCAAGCACCCAUCAAGCCCCAGCCCAAGCCCUCGAGCCCAUCUAAGUCCACUCAGCUGGUCAGCAGACCCUAUGUCAGCAGCGACAGCUUCCGCAAUGAGGUGAUUAAAUUUACGGCCACCUCUGCAGCAGUAGCAACAACAUCAAGCUUUACAAAGCAAUCUGUAACAACAACCACACGGAAACCUCUGACAGCGUCCACAACAAAACCUGUCUCAACUACGGCCAAAACAACUAGCUUGCCGUUAUGGUCAUGGCAAACUUCCACGACCGCUAAGCCCACAAUAUCAGAAAGUGGUAAUCGCUAUACAACCUCAACCACUCGAUCGGUGAUAACCAAUAAACCUAAUACUCGUCCAACCAUUGCGGCAGCUUCACGUCCAACUACUCGCGCAACUACCCGGUCAACUAAUGGGCCGAUUCGCACAACAUCUCAACCAGGGAUCUACCUUAACACUCCACCGACAACUCGUUCGCCCAUUCGAUCAUCUACAAUCCGUUCCAGUACUUUCCCUGUAUUUACGACUCGUUCAACAACUCGCCCAAUAUAUACGACUCGCCCCACUACUUAUCCAACUACUCGCCCAACCGCUCGUCCAACCACUCGUCCAACUACCCAUCCAACUACUCGUACAACCACUCGGCAAACUACCCAUCCAACUACCCAUCCAACUACUCGUUUAACUACUCGUACAACUACUGGUGCAACUGCUCCCCCAACUACUCGUCCAACAGUAGGUUUGACUACGUACAAACCUACACGCUUAAGCACUCGAAAACCAUCUCCAACCACCAGACGUCCAAUUUCUUCAACUCAAAAACAAAAUUCAACUACAAGAAGACCCACAACACCUUAUUCGACAGUAAGCAAAUCCACAACUCGGCCUUCCACAACAACUCGACCACUUACAACCACUCGAUAUAUUCCAACAACCCACCAAUCUGUAAUAACACAGACUACAAAUCGAAACUCGGCAAUAUAUUUACCAAGAAAUCAUACAAUUUCGACAACUCGCUCAACAACUAAGUCUCCAUAUCAUUAUGUAUCUAUAAAUAAACCCACCACACGCUCAACUACAAGCACUCGCCAAAGCACAACGAUUCGUUACUCACCAACAACUCGGCAACCGCCCACGACAAGAUCCACCACUCGUUAUUCAGCGAUAACGGCAUUUUCCACUCGUCAAACAAGCACCACACCAAGGCCAUACUUAUUUACCUCAACGACGAAGAAGAGUGUCACCACUAAGGAUCCCUUCGACCAUCCGUUUUUCCAGAAAUUCAAGGCUAAGUUCGAGAAAACCACAGCACAAAAUCAAAAAGCUUCCACAUUAGUUGUAAAUCAAAAUCAAACUACCAUUAGUCCAUAUUAUGCAAAAUAUCAGGAAAACAAGGUAAAAACGGGAGCAAAAACCGUACUUUCUUACGACUUUGGUCAAAAUAGAAACACUACAAGUAGGCCAAAAAGUGCCUUUGAUGUAUACCUGAAUUGGAACAAGAACUAAUGGGAUUUCCAUUAGUGUGACACUUUCGAGACUUGUAAAUAUACGUUAUUGAUCGAUGUAAACACAAAUAUGCUAAACUUAAUGGCAGAAUACUCAUGCAUAAUUA